GUUUAAUUAUGUGUUGUGUUUCGGGUUAAUUAGGUGAGUAUUGCACUUGUCAUACUUGUUAAAUAAUUGGAGUACGUGGUAGUAUAUGGACUAGGCCACACACAAGUAUUUAUCCACCUAGCCUGAGAAAACAAAAGAAAACGUUCUACAUUAUUCUUGCUCCACCUCUAUCUUUCACAUAGAGAGAGAGAGAAACGGUGGAAAAGAAGAAGAGAAAGAAAGAAAAAAGUUGGGGAAAAACCUUGCUUGGCUUGGAAUUGAAGAUUUUAACUUGGUGGUAACUGUAUUGAUUUUGCUGGCAUUGGCUAUUCACUCUGUUCUAGGGAUAACGUCUACCAGUUAAUGUACGGCCUUCUGCUAUAAAUGCAUUGUGGCACAAGCAAUGAGAUUUCACGAAGCCUUUGCUUGAUGGACUGCUCACCCAGCAGCAGUGACAAGAAAACUCUAAAGAGGUGGUUCUUCAUAGAUAAGAGGGUUGGGUGAAGAAUAUCUCUCUACCUUAGGUUAAUACUAGGGCCAAAUUUCUCUCCAAGAAGAGGUUCAUUAUUUUUCUGGGGGUGGCCUUGUGCAAGUAAUCUGGACAAAUGGAUUUGAAUUCAACAAAUGCCUCUCCUGUUCUCACUGAACCUGCACCAAUAAAUAAGUCCAGACUCGGAAUACACUCCAGUCUUUUGCCUUUUUUGCAAUCUGGAGCACCAUUCUCCUCGGGCAUAUUAAUUCCGAGAAAGAAGCCAGGGAAGCUUGAUGAUGUUCGGUCCAAUGGUUGGCUCGAUGCCAUGAAAUCUUCACCACCACCCCAGAAGAAGCUACUUAAGGAUUUCAAUGUUGAGGUGGCCUCAGAUGAUAGUGAUAUUGCGUACUACUCCUGGAUGCUUAAGCACCCUUCGGCUCUAAGCUCCUUUCAGCAAAUCAUGAACCACGCAAGGAAUAAAAAGAUAGUAAUGUUUUUAGAUUAUGACGGGACUCUUUCUCCAAUAGUCAAUGACCCUGAUCGGGCCUUCAUGUCUGAUGAGAUGCGUUCUACUGUUAGGAAUCUUGCAAAUUAUAUCCCGACAGCAAUAAUUAGUGGAAGGAGCCUUGACAAGGUGUAUGAGUUGGUAGGACUAACAGAUCUCUACUAUGCGGGUAGUCAUGGUAUGGACAUCUAGUACAGCGCACGUGGAAGAAGCGAAAGACUUAUUUGUCACUCCAAGGUUUGCCUAUAAAUAGAGACUCACUCCUCCCAGGUAGGGGACUGAUCUCUCUCUCUCUCCACAAUUUCUUCAGAAAAAAACAUUCUCUCUUCUCUCUUCCUCACCAACUAACUAGAUCGUCGGAGCUUCUUCCCGGAGGUACACCACCCUCGGUCUAAAGGUAUCCAGAUCAUCUUCGUUCAAACCACAUCUCUCGGGUCAAAGGAAGGAAAAGAUUCAAGAGUGGAAUUCACCCCCCACAACCUCGCUCCUUUAUUUUAACUCGAUUAGGAAACACACCCAUCUCCGGGCCUCCUUUUGCUUCGCCCUCUGAUUUCGAAAACAGACCCAUCCGACAGCACUGUUCCUAGUUAGUUAUUCAAAAAUCAAGUAGGCGAGGAUGAUACAACUUGACGACAGGUUUGUUUUAUUAAUCUCAAAAUGGAAAAGUAAUCUCUACUUUUUAACACUACAAAUACAAGCGAAACCCCUCUAAUCCUUUCAUUAUAUCGAAGUUAGGCUACUUGAUCAGAAUUUUGUAGAAAGUAGGUGAUAAUCAAAGCGGCUCCAGAAUUUUAGUUCAGUGGUGAUUAACAGUGCAGAAAUAUUUUUUGUAUGCAAAGCUCUAUAUAAAUGAAAAUAUUUCUUUUGGUUGAAAAUAUAUCAAAACUAGUUUAUUUUAUUUUGUUGAGUUAUAUUAUCUGCUUACUCAUAAAUUUAAGUAAAUUAUGAUUUAGUUUGGCUAUGCAUGAAUGAAUGAUUUAGUAUUGACACUAUAUUAAAGAAAAAUCAAACUAAAUAAACGAAAAAUAUAAAAUUUUUCUACAUUUUUUUGAAUCCAGCGGUUCGUUUGCCAUGCACAACUAAGGUUUGGAAUAACCCAAUUAGGGUGUACAAAUUGGAUUUGUAUAUGUGCAUGGACCAUGACUUUGAGCCAAUAAAAUUAUGAAAGACUUCAUGGAUGUCAAUGGAGGCUCUAGUUAUAUAGAAAUCAUGAGGAAAAUCUAGAACUGUGUAAAUAAUAACAUCUAUAUAGUUGUGGUUUGAAAGCAAAGGCCAUGAUUUUUAGAAUUUAUUAGAUUUAGUCCCUAUAUAACACUCUACAAACACAAGAAGAGACGGAAUGAAAGAAUCUUAACUUGGCAUGGGCCGAACUAAAAGAAGAAAAAGGUUAAUCUAUAGUAUCGUUUCACAUUCAUCAUAAAGAGUACAUAUUAUUAGGCUAAUUUGGGAUGCCUCGAAACCGAGGUAAAAGAUAAUGACUUUUCUCAAAUAUUCUGGUAAUAUUUUGGUGCGACUUGUCGCGAUCCUUGUCUUCUUCUUCCUCCUCUCUUUUUUUUGGCCCCCACUCUGGUUUGGCUGCCUAAGGCUCCGUUCCGGAACCGAAAAUAAGUUCUUAUUUUUUAAGAAGGCAAUUUCAAGCUCAAAAAUUAUGGGCUAAUUGAAAUUUAAAAAUAUGCAAUAUGGAUCUUGUUUGGAAGAUCUCGAUGAGAUCUUUUAUACGAUGCAAAAAAAAUUAAAAAAUUAUUUUUUAUUUACUUUAUUUUUGAGUUUGAAAAUGUGAAAUAAGCUGCUUAUUUUUUAAGAAGAUUUCUGAAACGGGGCCUAAUUUCUGUUUCUCCGCAAUUAUGUCACAUCUGCUCCCAUCACGGCUUGCUGCUAACUCUGGAAUGCACUUCACCGGUUGGAUCUCUCUUGUAUUUUUUGACGUAUGCGUAACGGUGUGAGUAGUGGCUUGCCAACGUCGGUCUCCUGCUGAGUUCAUUUCUUGGGUGUCCCCUGUCUCGCCUAACGGCUCCGGUUGAGCUUCAACAGCAGUGGUUGGGUCUUUGUGUUUGGUGCUUGUUUUUCCAGUGAUGGUGGUGGCCGGUGGUGCUGGAUUUGACGAUCCGAUUGUGGUGGUGGUUUCUGUCUGGUGGUGGAGUCACUACAAGAAAAUCGUUCUAUAGCAACGGUCGAAAGCGUUGCCAAAAAAUCCAAAAACCGUUAGUAGAGACCCAUUUAGGCUAUACCAACGGUUCGGCCAAACCGUUGCAAUAUAUCCGUUGCUAAAGAGGUAUAACAACGGUUUUGACGAGCGUUGGUACAGAUUUUUUUUUACCAACGGUUUCAUUAGCAACGGUUGCUAAAGGCAAUUUUCAUUUUUUUUUACCAACGGUUUCAUUAGCAACGGUUAACCGUUGCUAAAGGCAAUUUUCAUUUUUUUAAAAACCAACCACUGUGUGACGUAAGCCUCCACGUGGCGCUGACGUGGCAGCCACAUGUCGCCCGCGUGGCGUUGACAUGGCACCCUUGUGGCAGCCUACUUGGCACCCGAGCCCAUGUGGCGCCCACGUGGCGGACGAAAUAUUCUUGCUCUUCCUGAGAAUCGAACCUCCGACCUCGUGUGUGCGAACCAACUGUGCUAGCCUAUAACUUGUAAAAAAUUAUACACCUUUUAAUAUUUAUACUAUACUAACCGGUUUUUUUUAAAUUUUUUUUUAAAAUCCGGUUUCUACUAACGGUUAAUGAAAACCGAUGCUAUAGACCAGUUUAUAGUAACGGUUAUUGAAAACCGUUGCUAGAGGUCAGUUUUUAGCAACGGUUAAUGAGAACCGUUGCUAUAGUCCAGUUUUUAGCAACGGUUAAUGAAAACCGUUGCUAUAGUGUUGUAAUUUACUAACGGUCACAUGAAAACCGUUGCUAUAGACCUGUUUCUAGUAACGUUUUGUAAACCGUUACUAUACACCGUCUAUACCAACGGUUUUUUUAACCGUUGCUAAAAAACCGUUGGGAGAUCCUAAAUUUCUUGUAGUGAGUUGUGGUCGGUGGUGGCCAGGUGGUACUGGAUUUGACGAUCCGAUGGUGGUGGAGUUUUGCGGUGGAUGGCGGCGGGUGAUGGAACUUGGUGUAUAGCAUAUUAGGGUUAGGGUUUUGGGUUUUCUUGUUUGGGCUUAAUGUUUGUAUUUGGGCUUCUAAGCCUUCAAGUAUUGUGCUUUAUUUGUAUAUUUGGGUUUUCGACCCUCAGGUGUGUUUUGGGCUUGUCCAAUGGAUAUAUCUCCAACCAAAAAGUCCCAUUUUCCUUUCCCCUUUGUUAAUAAAUUGCUACUUUUGCCGAUCAUAUAUAUAUAAAAUCUUGGAUAAUUCUUAAAAUAUUUGGAUGAAAGUCAUAAUUGUUUACUUUUUCAAUUUCUCUUAUUGAGAUGAACCAAUAAUUCACAAAGAUUUGACGCAAAACUAACAAUUGCGGGAAAAAAUUGAACAAGGCCAGACAAAAACCAAAAAUCCAAAAACUUUCACAAAAAAACUAUGUGAAAUCGGAAGAAUUUUUCAGUGCCGAGCGGGUACCACGUCGUGCCCGCUCAGCUCAUUCGAACCGUCCAUUGCAUUUUUUGAACAGCUCAGAUAUGGAGAAAGAAAAAAGAGAGAGAAA